UGAAUCGAGUUGAUCUCGCUAAUCUCGGAAACUAUUCAGCCAUGGAGGAAUCUAUGCGGACGUUUUGCAAGAGCUUUGGCAUGUUCUGCAACCACCUCGAAGGCAGCUGCAACGCCCUGAAGCAGUCGGUGGAGCGCCGCCCCAUCCCUCUCGACUCUGCAUCAUCUACUUUUAUUCAGUGCUUGAACCGCCGCGUUUCCAGCGCCAGCUCCGACCUUAACAUGCUCGACUCAAUGUCGUUUGGCACCGUCUCUUUCGAGGAACUGUUAGGUCACUGCAAUGAAGUUUACAAGAAGAACCAAGCCGACCUCGUUUCCCUCGAGGAUCGUCUCAAGAGCUUCGGUUAUAUUCCCGAAGUUGAGAUUGAUGAAGAGGAAGAUAAGGUAUCUGGUUUAUCAACGCCUGUUGGCUUGGACAUCAAGUACCCGGAGGACGAUCUCCAUCCUCCAUCCUUAUAUCGUGGAGCUGCGUCUGCCUCACGUUCUAUCAUAAAGGAUUUGGAAGAAAACCCUCUACUUGAUGACGAUUCACUGAGUCUGAGGAAUCUUGGGCUUUCGGAUGUUUGUCUUGCUAAUUUAGCAUCUAAAGCUGAUAAUAUUGAUGAUUAUGGAAUUUCGUGGCAAGAUUCAGUGAAAUACUCCAGGGACAAAUCAUUUGAUUUUGAUUCACAACAAUCCUCUUCCAAGGCCUCAGGAAUUCCUGGAGUAAAAGCUGAUCAAAAGACACUGGAAGCUCCCAAACCAAUGAUAAAGUUGUCUAAGGAUGAUUAUGAGGGUCUUCCUUCUUACAUGAAAAGCCUAGCAUCAUGGGAGGAUCUGCUUGGUGCUGUAGAGAAAAUUAACUCAAGCCUGCGCAAGAGAGAGAAAACAGAGGAGAUCAUCUACUUCAACAAGGAUGAGAUUGCCUCCUUAAUGGGGGCUAAUGGAAGAGCUUAUCUGCUACUGCUCAUGCGCAUGAACCUGUUUGCUGUUGAGACCAUCAAUGGUGAAAUCUCUUACAGAGUCCUGUAAAAUGCUUUAACGCACACCAUUUGGAUGCCAUAUUUCCUAAUGAAGUUAGCUGUUUUUAGGAAUCAAA